AUGCCUUCCUUUGUCCACUCUCUUUGGAUUCUUCUUCUGGCUCCGCUGGUCACAGCCGCCAGUAGCACCUGCAACACCACCGCUCUCAACACGACUACGUACUGGUACGAUAUCACCGUCGACGGCACAACCGUCUUUGAUGUCGCCCGCGCCACCAACCGCGGCGUGUGCGACAUUGGCCGGCAGAACCUCAUGGCGGACGUGACCAUCAUUCCCAACGUGGGGGAGUCCUUCCUGAUCCCAGCCGAGGUGUGCGAGCCAGACAACACCAGCUGCCUGUUGCCCAACACCACCGCCACCCGCACGUGUAUCUACGGCGGACCACGUCUCUAUUACACGGUGCGCGGUGACACCUACGAAGUCAUCGCACGGCGUCUCAACAUCACCGUCGAGUCCCUCAUGCAUGUCGAUGGGUCUUCAAACGAAACUCUGGUCAACCCGACCUCGCCCACAGCCCUCCUGACUGUCGGCCAGUUCAUCAAGGUGCCCCAGUGCGACCCCAGCCAGUGUAUCCUUCAACCCUACUCCUUCAGCUGGGGUGUGUACAAGGAUCUCGCCGACCACUUCGGGACCACUGUCGGGCAGAUCAUGAUGCUGAGCCCCACAUACAACUACAGUAGUCUGGCCUUCACCCCGGGUGGUCAAUAUCCCCCGAUCAAUAUUCCGAUUAACUGCACCGCAUUGUCCGACACUGUUACUGUUCUGGAUUGA